AUGGCAAACGAGUUUGCUAAGAUAAUAGCGGAUCAGAACGCUUUUAUGAAAAGCAUUUUGGAUGACCAGAAAGGAUUUUUACAAACAAUGCUACGGGGAGUCACUUCAAGUACUAAUGAAGUCACCACAGAGCUCAAAAAGAAAGCGUUUUUUUUAACAUGGGUUGGUGGUGAGACUUUUGAGUUAUUAAAAAAAUUAUUCGGGAAGAAUGAUUUGGAGGGCAUUCCAUUUGCUGAGUUGGUGCAAAAGCUGUCGGAACAUUUCCAAGAACAAAUUCAUGUGGUAGCAGCGCGGUAUAAUUUUAAUAAGUGCUUGAUGAAGCCAACGCAAACAUACAGGGAAUGGGUAGCUGAAUUAAGAGGAAUAGCUAGAGAAUGCCAAUUUCAAUGUAUAGGUGAAAAUUGUACCAAAUCAUAUGUUGAUGAAAUGAUUAGGGACAUGUUAAUUCUGCAUACACCUCAUGACACCGUAAGAGCAGCGGCACUUCAGAAAUUAAAACCUACAUUGGAAGAUGUUUUAUUAAUUGCAGAGUCUUUUACUUCGACGACAAAUGCUACAAAUUCUAUUAAACAACAACAACUUCAAGAGAGUUUGCCGUUAGUUAAUGAAAUCACGUCACAUGCAAAAAAUAGAGCACAAAAAGAGAAAAGUAAGAAAAAAUGUUUCAGGCGCGGAGGCUCUCAUCGACGUAGCGACUGCAAAUUUAGAGAAGCUGUUUGCUUUGUCUGCAAUAAAGUUGGACAUAUAGCAAAAGUGUGCUUGAGCAACAUUAACAACAAAGCAAAUACAAGAAAAUUAAAAAUUACAGCGAAAAAGAAUGAAAAGAAUAGUGCACAAGCAAACGCAAUAGAAUGUAUUGAAAGUUCAUCGGUUUCGGUCAUAACGCAAAAGACAUUUAAUCAGUUAGGCAGGCCAAAACUUCGAAGUUGCACACGUCCAAUUUAUGGUUAUGGUAAAAAGGUGAUAGAAACCUUAGGCGAAUGUGAAAUAAAAAUAAAAUGUGGAAAACUAGAAAAAGAAGCAGUGCUGGUUGUUGCUAAAGUCGAAAGUGGUCAAAAUUUAUUUGGCAUGGAUUUAUUUGAAGUUUUUAAUUACGAUAUUGUGCAAGUGAAUAAUAUUAUUCAGAACUCAAUGUUGGUAGAAGAAGAAUCUAAAAAAUUAUUAUCAAAGUACCAAGAAUUGUUUGAACCGGCAACAGGGCCGAUUUCUAAUUUUAAAGCGAGCAUCAAAUUAAAGUCUACGGCAGUACAAAAAUAUUUUAAAUGUCGUCAGGUGCCAUUCGCCUUACUUGAAAAAUUUAACGUAGAAGCUGAUCGACUAGUGCAAAACAGUAUUUGGAAACCUGUUAAGUUUAGCAAUUGGGCUUCUCCAAUCGUACUCGCACCAAAGCAGGACGGCAGUAUUCGUAUUUGCGGGGACUUUAAAGUAACUAUUAAUAGUCAAAUCGAAAUUGAACGGUUUCCAUUACCAACACGGGAGCAGUUAUUUCAUAAAAUUCGAUAUGGUCGUAUUUUCUCUAAAAUUGACUUAAAGGAUGCAUACUUACAGCUGGAGUUAGACGAAGACUCAAAAAAGCUGGUUGUCGUGAACACACCAAAUGGACUGUUCGAGUACCAAAGAUUGCCCUAUGGUAUAGCUAGUGCGCCGGCAAUAUUUCAAAGAUAUCUUGAACAAAUUCUGCAAGGUAUCGACGGGUGUGGAAAUUACCUCGAUGACAUCAUCGUUGCGUCAACCACGGUACAGGAACAUAUACAACGACUAGAUCAAGUUUUUUCAAUACUUAAGAAGUAUGGCAUCAAGUGCAAACGGAACAAAUGCAGUUUUUUUCAAAACCACAUUGAUUACUUAGGAAGGCGUAUAAGUGCAGAAGGCAUUUUGCCAGAACCAUCAGGAGUAACAGCCAUUCAAAACUUAAAACGGCCUGAAAAUCUGAAAGAAGUGGAAGCGCUAAUGGGUAAGAUAAACUAUUAUUACAAUUACAUUCCAAACAUGUCGCAAAUCGCUGCUCCGAUAAAUCAGCUUCGCAAGAAAAAUAUUCGUUUUAAUUGGACACACAUACAUGAAGAGGCGUUCAAGUCCUUAAAGAAGCAUAUAGUGAAUGCUACACAAUUAGUUCACUUUCAGGAGCACUUACCAAUAAUCCUCGCUACAGACGCUUCAUCAUCAGGUAUUGGUGCAGUAAUUUCGCAUAUCUUCGCAGAUGGCAGCGAACGCCCAAUAGCAUUCGCAUCAAAGACACUCAACGUUCAUCAAGUAAAGUACAGUCAAAUAGAAAAGGAGGGGCUUGCGAUUGUAUUUGGCAUUCAAAAAUUUCAUCAAUACUUGUAUGGCCGUAAGUUCACUCUAUUCACUGACCACAAACCAUUGGUGAGUAUCUUUAAUCCAGGAAAACACUUGCCAACAACGACUUCAAAUAGACUACAACGGUGGGCAAUAAUUCUAAUGGCCUAUCAGUUCGACAUAAAAUACAAACCUACAGCACAACACGGGAAUGCUGACGCCCUUUCAAGACUACCAGAAGGCCCAGAUAACAACUUUGAUCAAGAGGACAAUUGUUUUGCAGUCGAAGAGCUGGAUACCCCAAUUGAUGCAGAGGUUAUCCGAUUUCAUACAAAGAGGGAUGAAACUCUCAUGAAAGUUCACCGGUUCAUACAACAAGGGUGGCCUAUAUCCGUAGGACCACAACAGGCAGAUAUAUUACCAUAUUUCCAACGUAAUACUGCUUUAGUUAUUAUUGAUAACAUUAUUUGCUUACAGGGCUAUUCAAAUCGGGCUAUAAUUCCAAAAAAACUACGCCAACGCGUCCUUAAACUGUUGCAUGAAAGCCACUGGGGCAUAGUUCGAAUGAAACAAUUAGCUCGAAGAUACUGCUGGUGGCCGGGCAUCGACAAAAACAUCGAGACACUCGCAUCGUCAUGCAACAUAUGUAAAAGAACGUCAGCCAGUCCACCAAAGGAAUUUAGCUCGUGGCCCGAAGCUAUACGUCCGUGGCAACGUGUCCACAUUGACUUCGCCGGACCGGUAUUCAAUCAGCAUAUGUGGCUCGUAUGUGUCGACGCAUUUUCACAGUAUCCGUACAUUGUCCAAUUGUCAAAUACAACCUCUACUGAUACAGUAAAGGCAUUAACAUCAAUUUUUGCCAUAGAGGGUUUGCCGGAAACGUUAGUAAGUGACAACGGUCCACAACUUACAUCCUCACAGUUUAAGGAAUUUUGCUUGAAAAAUGGCAUUCAGCAUGUCACGACAGCGCCAUUUCACCCGGCUUCAAACGGCUUAGCAGAGCGUUUCGUGCGUACUUUCAAGACAUCUGUGAAGAAAAACCUUGAUGACAGUAUGCCAAUUAGUGAAGCAGUUAUCAAAUUUUUAGUGACCUACCGCUCUAUGCCAAAUUCUAACAAUAAGUCUCCUGCAGAGUUGCUACACGGCAGAACGGUUCGAACGCUUCUUACGCAGAUUUUACCGGUUACAAAAUCAUCAAAAAAGCAACCAGUGACGACAAAAUUCGGCAAGGAUUGUAAAGUUUUUUUACGCAACUACAGCAGCGGUCCUAAAUGGGUCGAAGGAAUAAUUGAGAAAUCUUUGGGAAAAAGGGUCUACUUAGUUAAGACACAGACUGGUCAAUGUAAGCGUCAUCAAAAUCAACUUCAAGCGCGCCAGUCAACACCGCCGCAACCAACUGCCUAUGAACCAUCAAAACAACAUCAGCAGUCAACCAUCGAUGAACCAUUUAAACAACAGCAGCAGUCAACCAUCAAGGAACCGUCACAACAAGAAACAACUCAAAAUUUUCAAGAAACAAAUGCAGGUCAACAAAUUCUAGAAACACCCACCUCUGUGCGCAGAAGUGAACGCACACGAAAACGAGUAUGCCGAUUUCAAUCAGAAGAUUUCAGAACUUAA